AUUGAUGAGAAUUGUUUUUAUAUCAUUUUUUUUUUUACAUUUUAGAUUAAGGCUGUAAUGUAACAAUAUGUGGAAAAGGGGAAGGCGUCUGAGUACUUUCCGAUUGCGCUGUAGACUCUUAGGGGUAGCUGUAGACUCUUAGGGGUAGCCCAAAGUGCCCUGGGUGUGAGGGCAAGACGUCAAUAUAUUUUUACGAUUUUAGGAGGGGCUCACAUUUAAUAUUUGUUUCAUGGUGAUAACAAUGGUAUUUAUUUUGGUGGUGUCCAGCUCCCCCUAUCCCCCAUGUCAGUUGAAGCUUGUUGAGAAAGACUGCAGCUAUGACGAACAACUCUGAAAGACUACAAUUCUUUGUGCAGAAAAUACCUUUAUAGAACAAGAAGGCCUGCACACUGUUAAAGCUCCCAAUUCAACGAUUUAUUGACAACGUGUUGAUCCAUAACGGAUCUUUGUCAGGUCAAACAGAGUUCUCACAUCCCAGAAAAUAACUUCAAAUGUAGUCUUGGCAGGAAUUUUUUUAUUUUUUUAUUUUUUAAUGGAAUAUUUCCUGUUCGUUAAAGUCUAGAUUAAAUAUCUGAAAGAAGAUGAAUCUAACAGACAUUGGUUUCAUCCCAGGUCCUUGAAUGUAUCUAUGAGGAUGACAGUACUGUUCUCUAACUUGCACUUUAGCACCUAUUUACAUAUUCAACUUACAUUGUGAAAAAAUAUGAAUAUUUUCAACAAUUUAUUUUUGUCUUUGGUCCAUGUCUUGUGAGAUUUUGAAAAGUUUGAACACACUCAAUCUGAAAAUGUAGGUUUCACAUGGGAAUGUUUUGUGUUAGAGUUUAAAGUUUCACUUUCAGCAAAAUAAUGUCACUUAGCUCCUCCCUCUCAUUCACCCUCCUCUCUUUAUAAAGGGAAUAUAAUACAGUACCGUUUGUGAGUAUGUGUGUUUCGCUGUUGUCAUUCUUGUGGUGCAUUUUGAGAAGUGAGCCCAGACAGAUCGUGCUAUAGACAUUUUUUAUAGUUUUUUCUUCUUCACAAAACAGGUAAGCAUAUGUUUUUUUGUUUUACUUUGGACUUAUUUUGUUAUUUUCGGGUUGUUGCUUUCCUAGAAAAAGUGAAAGAAACUGAUGUUUUUCAUCUUGAGGUUUUGGUUAAUUGGCUGGAGAUGUUGGGUUACAUGUAUAUACAGUGAGUCACUCGACAGGGUGGAGACCAGUCUUAUUAUUGAUGAUGUAGGUACAAGCCUUUGCUUGCCGUGUAGUUCAGUUUUAGCUGCUUAAAAUGUUGUGCGUGUACUUUCAUUUUCUACAUAUUUACUUGUGUGUUUACAGUAUUUUCACUGUAAUUGAGCUGAAGUCAUUUCUUAUGAACCUCAUCAAUACUGUGCUAAAGUAUAUGGGCUAAAGGUACUAAAAUCAUAUGAUCAUUCAAGAGCCAUAAUAAUUGAAUAAUAACAUAUCUUCCCCCAUAGAGAUGUCAUCAUUGAAUGUUGACAGCAGCCUUCUACCAGAAGAGCAGUUAAUGUGCUCUAUCUGCCUGAAUGUGUUCACUGAUCCAGUUACCACUCCUUGUGGCCACACCUUCUGCAAAGCCUGUAUUAGUGGACACUGGGAUAACAGUGAGAUAUGCCAGUGUCUAAAAUGUCCGAAACGAUUCUAUGUGAGACCAGAGGUCUCCACCAACUCUGUGAUAGAGGAGAUCUCAGUGCAUAUCAAGAGAAGAAAACUUGAUAUACCAGAAUGCUUAGCUGCUCCUUGGGAGGUGGCUUGUGAUGUUUGUUCCACAAUAAAGCUCAAGGCCCUGAAGUCCUGCCUGGUGUGUCUGACUUCUUACUGUGAGAUUCACCUGGAGCCUCAUCAGAGAGUGGUGAAUCUGAUGAGACACAAGCUGAUCGACCCUGUGGAGAACCUGGAGGACAGGAUGUGUAAGAAGCACGAAAGAGGCCUGGAGCUGUUCUGUAGGACUGAUCAGACAUGUGUGUGUGUUUUGUGUACUGAGACUGACCACAAGUGUCACAAUACUGUACCCAUUGAAGAGGAGGGAGUCAAACAAAAGGCUGAGCUUGUGUCCACUAAGGCAGAGGUGCAGAAAAUGAUUCAGGACAGACAUGCAAAGCUGGAGGAGAUCAAACGCUCAGUGGUGCUCAGCAAAAAAAGUACUGAGAAAGAAGUGGAGGACAGUGAAAAGCUUUUCACUGAACUGUUACAGUCUAUAAAAAAAAGGAGAACUAAGCUUGUCAAGGUAAUAGAGGAGAGGCAAAAAGCAGCGGAGAGGAGAGCUGAAGGGCUCACCCAACAGUUGGAGCAGGAAAUCACUGAGCUACAGAAGAGAAUCACUGAGCUGGAGCAGCUCUCACACAGUGAGGACCACCUCCACCUCCUACAGAGUUUGCCGUCCCUUCGCACUCCUCCGUCUACUAAGAAAUGGUCAAGGGUGAGUGUUCACACUGAUCUGUGUGUGGGGACUUUGAGAAGAGCCUUGUCUCAAAUUGAGGAAAACAUAAGAGGAGAACUAAAAGUUCUUACAGAAAUAGAACUCACAAGAAUGCGAGAGUUCAAAGAUGAAGUCACUCUGGACCCCAACACUGCAAAUCGUUGGCUACAGCUCUCUGAAGACGGAACGCGAAUAAAGUACGCCAAAACAGCCCAGAGGGUGUCUGACAAUCCAAAGAGGUUUGACUACUACUCAGCGGUCUUAGGAGAGAAGGGCUUCAACUCUGGACGCCAUUACUGGGAGGUCCAGGUGGGCGUGAGUGGGAGGUGGGAGGUCGGCAUUGCCAUGAGGGCCGUCAACCGUAAGAAGGCGGUGAAAAAGAAUCCCAAACAUGGCUUCUUUCUUCUGUCAAAGAGCGGAUAUUUGGGGUAUGAGGCUGGUUCUUCACCCUCUACCACCCUCAAUCUGAACCCCAUACCGAGAAGAGUCGGUGUGUAUGUUGAUUACGAGAAAGGGCAGGUGUCUUUUUAUGAUGUGCUGGCAAACUUACACCUCUACUCAUUCCUUGGCCUGUCCUUCACCGGCAAACUUUACCCUUACUUUUACCUCUACAGCAUGAAAAAGAAGUCUGAGUCGCUGGUCAUUUACAUCGAUUGGACAAAGGUGUACGAAGACCAUUUGAGGAGACUCGCUAAUACCUCAAAAAUCUCCGACCACCUUGUGAGUCAGCAGGAGAAGGUACCCCGGCCAUGGAGGUGGAGGAGCACGUCCAAGAUCAUGCGUGGUAUCCGUCUCUCCAUGCCACAGGAGUACGAUGGGAGUGCUGCCUACUGCCAGGGUUUCCUCCUCCAACUAAACCUCUAUCUGGUCAUGGUCCACCCAGCUCCAUCAGACCGUGAGAAGGUGUCCGCCCUUGUCUCGUGCCUCACCGGGAAAGCCCUGGAGUGGGCCAACGCCGUGUGGAGAGAGGGACAUGCACUGUUGGACCAUUUUGAGGAGUUCACCCGUCGCUCUGCCCUUGGAGAGCGCCUCUACCAUCUGAGACAGGAGACGAGGAGCACACAGGAGUUUGCCCUGGAGUUUAGGACCCUGGCUUCCGGUGCGGGAUGGAAUAACAGGGCCCUGAUCGACCACUACCACUGCAGUCUGCGCGAGGACGUCCGAUGGGAGCUGGCCUGCAGAUACACCACCCUCACUUUCGACCAGCUGAAUAAUAACAUAUCUUCCCCCAAAGAGAUGUCAUCAUUGAAUGUUGACAGCAGCCUUCUACCAGAAGAGCAGUUCCUGUGCUCUAUCUGCCUGAAUGUGUUCACUGAUCCAGUUACCACUCCUUGUGGCCACACCUUCUGCAAAGCCUGUAUUAGUGGACACUGGGAUAACAGUGAGAUAUUAUGCCACUGUCCAAAAUGUCAGAAACGAUUCUAUGUGAGACCAGAGGUCUCCACCAACUCUGUGAUAGAGGAGAUCUCAGUGCAUAUCAAGAGAAGAAGACUUAAUGUACCAGAAUGCUUAGCUGCUCCUGGGGAGGUUGCUUGUGAUGUUUGUUCUACAAGAAAGCUCAAGGCCCUGAAGUCCUGCCUGGUGUGUCUCACCUCUUACUGUGAGACUCACCUGGAGCAUCAUCAGAGAGUGGUGAAUCUGAAGAGACACAAGCUGAUCGACCCAGCGGAGAACCUGGAGGACAGGAUGUGCAAGAAGCAUGAUAGGCUGCUGGAGCUGUUCUGUAGGAGCGACCAGACAUGUGUGUGUCAGUUUUGUACUGAGACUGACCACAAGUCUCACGAUACUGUGCCCAUUGAAGACAUGGGAGCACACCAGAAGGGUGAGCUUGCAGCCGCUAAAGCAGAGGUUGAAAAGAUGGUCCAGGUCAGACAGAAAAAGGUGGAUGAAAUCAAACACUCUGUGGAGCUCAGUAGGAAAAGUACAAACAAAGAUAUUGAGGACAGUGAGAAUCUCUUCACCAAUCUGUUGCGUUCGGUUGAAGAAAGACGAACCAAUCUAAAGCAGGUGAUGGAGGCGAUGCAAACAGCAGCAGAGAAAAGGGCUGAAGGGCUCGUCAAUGACCUGGAGCAGGAAAUCACUGAGUUACAGAGGAGAAGCACUGAGCUGGAGCAGCUCUCACACACUGAGGACCACCUCCACUUCCUACAGACUUACCUGACCCUAUGUGCCCCUCCAUCCACCAAGGACUUUUCUGAGAUCAGUGUGUACUCAGAUCUGUGUGUUGGGACAGUGAGGAGAGCCGUGUCCAAUCUGGUGGAGAUAUUCAAGAGAGAAUUGAAAACACUAACAGACAUGGAACUGAAGAGAAUGAGGGGGUUUAAAGAGGACGUCACCCUGGACUCGAACACAGCAAGUCGUUGGAUAUGCCUGUUUGAUGGUGGCAAACGCAUCAAAGACUCUAAAACACCCCAGAUCAUAGCUGACAACCCUGAGAGGUUCGACAUCUACCCCAUGGUUUUAGGAGAGAAAGGCUUCAACUCUGAACGCCAUUACUGGGAGGUUCAGGUGGGCCUAAGAAAUGACUGGGAUGUAGGCGUUGCCAAGGAAACAGUAAACAGGAAGGAAAAGGUCCAAAUUAACUCAGCGCAUGGGUUCUUUGCACUGGGAAAAGAUGGAUUUGAUUAUAAGGUUCAUUCCUCCCCCCUUCAGAAUCUUUAUCUGAACCCCAGGCCUAGAAGAAUUGGGAUUUAUGUGGACUAUGAUAGGGGUCAGGUCUCCUUCUACGACGUGGAUGAAAAAUCUCACAUCUACUCUUUCACAAACCAGUCUUUCACUGAGAAACUCUACCCUUACUUUUACGUGUAUAGCAAGGCCAAAAAGUCAGAGGCAUUGGUAAUUUCCUGCAUGGAGGACCCAAGAGCACGCUACCUAUCACUCCUGCAAGCCGUCUCUAAAGCUAAAGAGUAACCAUAUUAAUUGUAUGGCUCUAGCACUCUAGAAAUCAGGUUUUAUAGUUUCCCUUCCAGUCAUUCUAAUGCAUCAUAAUGUGGUUCACUUUCUAUAAAUUCUAUAAAUAUUUAUGUCUAAUGUAUCUUUAUUGACAGUGUCAAAACACAUUUUAUAGACAUUUUGCAUAUUGUACAACAAUAAUUUAAUAUUGUUGACACUGUUACCUUUCUGUAUCAAUGGCUGUUUAGUUUGUAUGUACACUAUGAGUGUAUAAUGUUAUAAAUCAAGACAAA